AUGAAUUGGGAGGCAUUGGGCAUCCCGUCCUUCAAUCUGCAGCACCUGGAUUCUCCGUUCAGUACAGACGAAAUCAAGAAGGCUGUAUUUGAUUUGCAUGAUGAAAAGGCUCCGGGACUGGACGGUUUCAUCGGGGGUUUCUUUAAGAGAUUCUGGCCCUUGAUCUCUGACGACAUCUGCAAUGCCCUCAAGCAGUUUCACCAGCUGCGCGGAGAUCAAUGGAAGCUGUUGAAUUCUGCCUUGAUAGUGCUUUUGCCUAAGAGGGUGGACGCAACCAGAGUUGGAGACUACCGCCCCGUAAGCCUUAUGCAUAGUGUUGCCAAGCUUGUCUGCAAGAAUGUGAUCAAGGACGCCCAUAAGAGGAAGAAGCCUCUCCUGUUUCUUAAGUUGGAUAUUGCCAAAGCGUUUGAUUCGUCAUGCACAAAAAUUACUGUUGGAAAUGGAGCGAGAACCACUUUCUGGACUGAUCGUUGGAUGGAUGGAGUGGCACCUAUGGAUUUGGCACCUGGCCUCUAUAACAUUGCGGAACACAAGAUGAUUUCUGUGGCUGAUGCUAUUCGCGAGGGUGGAUGGAUGAAGGGGCUGCAGCGCAUGGCCUCGGCUGAUCUGCUGCAGUCAUUUGUUUCUCUUUGGCAUAAAGUUCAGCAAUUCAGCUUAAAUGGAGAGGAGGAUAAGAUCACUUGGAACAUCUCGGCCAAUGGGAACUACUCGGCCAAGUCUGCAUAUGAGCAACAAUUCAUUGCGCGUAUUCCAAUGCCGCGCUUAUUAAGAGUGUGGAAGGUGAAGGCUGAAUCUAAGGUCCAAUUCUUCAUCUGGACCCUUAUCCAGAACCGCCUCUGGACGGCCGAUCGCUUGCAGCGUAGAGGAUGGGAGCAUCAGGCCACUUGUUGCACCUGCGAUCAGGUCCUUGAAUCGGCUAACCACAUCAUCCUGGGCUGUCCAUUUGCGAAGGAGGUUUGGCACCUGAUGGCCAAUCAGUUCAGUAAUGCUGCGACGGCUGCGCUCCAAUCCUCCUCUAUCAACACCUGGUGGGAUAAGACAUUCAAACUAAAGAAAAAAGGAGUGUUGCUGGACGAGUGUACGGGGGCUGUAUAUUCCGGAGACGACAUUAACGAGGCACGGCAGAAGCUCCAGGAGCUGGAGAUCCACACCAUCCCGGAACUGAAGAAGACGCUGCGGGAGGUGGAGGAACAGAGGAUGCUGCAGGCAGCGAUAAAAGAGACAUCUGAUGACGCGCUCGACAAGAUGGUGGUCUGGCUGAGGCAUGCCCAGUAUGAAGCGGAAGACAUCCUCGAUCUGAUUGAUUAUCACAAGAUCGAGAGGAAGUUUGUCCUUAAAUCGCAUGGCAGCAGCUGGCCGCAUCGUCUACAUGGCACUGUGUCCACCUGCAACAUGAGCUGCACGGGGAUUGCACAUAUAAUCUGGCAGGGAUCAGCUUGGCUACUGCAGUUGGCGCGGAAGAGCUCCUUGAGUAGGUUUUCAUUCCUCCACAGGUCAGAUGAUGUACUUCCGGUGACGACCAGUGCCACGCCGUCGCCCUCCGACGAGACAGUUCCGGCGGCUACCAGUGCUGCACCCAGGUUCUGCUGCAGCUCCAUAUUCUACUGGUUCCUUGAUGCGGGUGCCCGCAUUUACCGAAACUGGUUUUCUGACGUGGUUGGCAUCACUGGCUACAAGGAGAAUGCCACUGAGUUGGAUUAUGUCCUUCCUAGUGUCUCAAGACGGAACCUGAAGGAAAGAAUAGAGAAAGUACAAAGAACCAUCAGUUUAGUGAAGAAGUCGCAUCUCUUGGUAGCAAGCAAGAGCGCAGCGAAUGAUAUUGUUAACAUGCACAGGAGAAAAAUUACAUCAUGUAGCAGCAAGAGGGAGGUAUUUGGUCGAGACAUAUUGCUUACUGAUAUCAUGUCAAAGUUGCUUGGUGAGACACCACAUAAUAGUAUAGCACUGAGCUCCAGUAGCAAUAAAUGUUACUCCGUGAUUGGCAUAUAUGGCGUUGCAGGGUCAGGGAAGACUACCCUGGCUCGAUAUGUACUGGAUCAUGUAAAGGAGUACUAUGCUGAACAUUUUGACACCCUCAUGUGCAUUCAUGUUACCGAGACUUUUACUGUGGAUGAUAUAUUUCAUGACAUGCUGGAGCAGAUUACCAAACAUAGAAACUCUAACACAUUAAGCUGCGAAGAGCUGAAAAAGAAGUUGAAGCAGAAUUUGAGAGGGAAACGUUUCUUUUUGAUAUUGGAUGAUGUUUGGGUGAAGGGCAACAAUUACCAGGAACUGAAGGAGCUAUGCUCUCCAUUUAAUGUUGGGAUGAAAGGAAGCAAAAUUCUGGCGACUGCUCGAAGAGAAGAUGCAAUUCGAGCUCUAGGUGCCAAUGGACUUAUUGCAAUAUCUGAUUUGGAUGAGGACCAAUACUUCAGAAUGUUCAUGCAUUACGCACUGAAUGGUUUAAGUGUUGAUGAUCGAGAAUUUGAACCAAUUGGGAGAAAGAUUGCGGUGAAGCUACACAGAUCACCUAUUGCAGCAGCAGUAGUGGGAGGACAGCUUCAUGGACAAACCAUCGCAUUUUGGAAAACAACUGCAACACUUGAUGUGUUGAAUGACACCAUGGGAGCUCUUAGGUGGAGCUAUAUGCAACUUGAUAUGGACAUCAGGCGAUGCUUUGAAUACUGCAAUAUUUUCCCUAGAAGAUUCAAACUUGAAAAGGACAAAUUAGUUCACCUGUGGAUAGCGCAAGGGUUUGUGAAGACCGGUCGUGAAACAACGAAUAUGGAAGAUGUAGCUGAAAGGUACAUUCAUGAGUUACAGUCAUGCUCAUUUCUGCAACCAGAAGAAACUGGGUACUUUUCAAUUCAUGACCUGGUGCAUGAAUUAGCACAGACGAUAGCCGGAAGUGAUUCCUUCAGAAUCGAGAAUGCAAGUUGGCGGAGAGAAGAAAUGGAAGUAGAUGUCCCUACAGAUGCUCGACAUCUUUUUGUUCAGAAAUACGACGGAGAUUUGAUUACUAAGAAGAUCCUUCAAAUGGAAAAUUUACGCACACUGAUCUUUUAUACUGUUGGGCGUGCGCCGGUUGAGGAAAAAGUCAUUGAGAGUAUAUUCAAGAGGCUACAGAAAUUGCGGGUACUUGCCAUAACUUUGAGUUCAGAACAUCAUGGUCGAUACAUUAAGAAACCCGACAAGAUCUCAGUCUCAGAAUCUAUCAGUCAGUUAAAGCAUCUACGCUAUCUCGCUAUACGGGCAAAAGUGGCGUGCAGGAUAAUUUUACCAAGCACACUAGCUAAACUUUACCAUAUCCAGAUGCUAGAUUUUGGUAACUGUGAAAAAAUGGAAUUGCCCACUGCUGACCUUAUCAGUAUGCGGCGUUUAUUGUUGCCAUUGACAGGCGUGAAAUUUCCUAACCUAGGCAGGUCAAAGUUGCUCCAGACGCUACCAGGCUUCACUGUAAGGGAUGAACAAGGGUGUGAGUUAAAGCAAUUGAGGGACCUAAACAAGCUUCGCGGCAGCCUGUGGAUCAGGGGGCUUGAAAAUGUUCAGACCAAGAAGGAAGCUCUCGAAGCCAAUCUUGCUGCCAAGGAAAGGCUCACACAAGUGUCACUCGAGUGGCGUGCUAAUAGGAGCUGCAAUCCAAAAGUUCAAGCAGAUGUGCUCGAGUGUCUUUGUCCUCCCACAUCACUUACAAAACUGAAUAUCUUGAACUACAAAGGCUCGAGGUACCCAAAAUGGAUGGUGUGCAAGCAGAACGGCGGUCCAAAGGACCUGAAAGAACUUCGGCUCACUGGGUGGAACCAACUGGGACGUGCUCCUGACCUCGUGGCUUUCACUCUUCUUUCUUCGCUAGAUCUUUGGAACUGUGGAUGGGACGCCUUGCCAGGCAAUAUGGAGCACCUCACAUUGCUAAAGAGACUGGUGAUGUACAAAUGCUUGAAUAUCCUGUCUCUUCCAACAUUGCCCCAGUCUCUCGAGAGGUUUCUACUCCGCAAGUGCAACGAUGGGUUCAUGAAGUCUUGUCUAACAAUCGGACAUCCAAACUGGGAAAAGAUUGAGCACAUUCCUGAGAAAACAAUCGCAGACAAGUAA